AUGCAUUUAUAUAAGAGGAGGAUCUUCGGCUACAGCAAAACAGACGUGGGACAGUGCGGGAACCAGGUGGGCUGCCGCUUCUGGGACCUGGCGCUGCGCGAGCACGCGGCCAUUAACAAGAAGGGAAUUUAUGAUGAAGCAUUAAGCAGUUUCUUUAGGAAUGUGGAUACCAGAAGUGGUGGAGAUGGUCGUGAUAUUUCCAAAGGAAAAAUCUGCUCUUUAAAAGCACGAGCACUCUUGAUUGAUAUGGAGGAGGGUGUAGUAAAUGAAAUUCUGCAGGGCCCAUUGAGAGAUGUGUUUGAUAGCAAACAGCUUAUCACAGACGUUUCUGGAUCAGGAAACAACUGGGCUGUAGGUCACAAGCUGUAUGGCUGUCAAUACCAGGAAAAUAUUGUGGAAAAGCUGAGGAAAACUGCAGAACAUUGUGACUGCCUACAGUGCUUUUUUAUAAUUCAUUCUAUGGGAGGUGGGACAGGAUCUGGUCUUGGAACUUUUGUACUGAAUUUGCUUGAAGAUGAAUUCCCAGAAGUAUAUAGAUUUGUUACUUCAGUUUAUCCCUCUGGUGAAGAUGAUGUUAUUACUUCUCCAUACAAUAGUGUUCUGGCUAUGAAGGAACUUAAUGAGCAUGCAGAUUGUGUGCUACCAAUAGAGAAUGAAUCUUUGUUCGAUAUAGUUAAUAAAAUUCAGCAGAUGGUCAAUUCUGGAAAGCUAGGAUCAAUUGUGAAGCCAAACAGCUUGUUAACAUCAAGUGCAAGCAGUACAAAAACUGUACAGCAGAAGCCAUUUGAUGCUAUGAAUAACAUCAUAGCCAACUUGCUGCUGAAUCUUACAAGCUCUGCUAGGUUUGAGGGUUCACUUAACAUGGAUCUUAAUGAAAUCAGCAUGAAUUUGGUUCCCUUUCCUCGACUUCAUUACUUGGUUUCAAGCUUGACUCCUCUGUAUACUUUGGCUGAUGUUAAUGUACCUGCUAGAAGGUUGGAUCAGAUGUUUUCAGAUGCUUUUAGCAGAGAUCAUCAACUAAUUCAAGCAGAUCCGAAGCACAGUCUCUACCUUGCGUGUGCACUUCUUGUUAGAGGAAACGUUCAGGUUUCAGAUCUUCGCAGAAAUAUCGAAAGGUUGAAACCUUCCCUGAACUUUGUCUCGUGGAAUCAAGAAGGAUGGAAAACUGGCUUGUGUUCAGUACCUCCUGUGGGCCAUUCCCACUCACUUCUGGCUUUAGCAAACAACACCUGUGUGAAACCAACUUUUAUGGAACUCAAAGACAGAUUCAUGAGGCUCUACAAGAAAAAGGCUCAUCUUCAUCAUUAUCUGCAUAUAGACGGGAUGGAGCAAAGCUGCUUCUCUGAAGCCAUAUCGUCUUUGUCUGACCUAAUAGAAGAGUAUAAUGAACUGGAUGCCACAAAAAGUGGGCCUGGAAUAGAUCCAGCAAGACUGAAGAUAGCUGUGUAAAGAAGGAAAAACUGUUACUUUGC